GCUUGUGAUUGUUCUGGGAGUUGUGCUCUUACUGCUCUUAGUGCCACUGCUUAUACUGAUUCAGCAGAACAGAGUGAUGAGGAGAGCUCUCUCUAAGAGGAGACACAGGACGACGACUGAGGCCGUUUAUGAGGAGAUUCAGCACAGACACAAUCACUUCACUCAGAGAGGGAGUCUGAUCUCUGAAGAACUGCAUUCUGGGUAUGAAGAUGCUGAUGAGCUUCUCUCAGCAAAAGAGUUCAGUAACGCCUAUUAUGAUGAUGUCACCAACGACAGUGGCCUAAAAGAAGAGAUGCUGAAGGAAAUCACCCCGGGAUACUAUGAUGAUGUCAUCACUGAUGGGCUGAAAGCGGACCGUGAGAAAGAAAACACACCUGAGAGCUAUGAUGAUGUCAUGACGAGCGGACUGAACCCUGAUAUCAAAAAAGUAGACACACGAGAGAAUUAUGAUGACGUCAUCAUUAAUAAACCAAGCUCUCAAGGUAUAACAGAGAGAGUUCAGGAGGAGUAUGAUGAUGUAAUGAGUGUCAGUGAAGAUGUGACAAACCUGAUGGAUUAUGAUGAUGUGGAGGAGGAGUCAGACAAAGAAGGUGGACAUUUGUCUCAAUGAUCACGUCCACUGUCUCUGUUCAACAAAUAUGAACAAAGUUUAAGUCACGUUCAGGUCCAGUCUCAGGUUUCCACAUUUUUGUAUUAAAACUGUUAUGCCUCGUGAGAUUUUGUUGUAUAGCAAUAACAAUAAAAACACUCAAGACUUAAAUACUUUUUUGUUUGUAUUUCAAUAAGAGUUUAAACAACACUUGAAGUGAAAUAUCUUAUCUUGCCUUAUAAAUCACAAUCAUGUUGAUAAUUAAAGACGUCCUGAAUAUAAGCUCAAAUGACCAUCAGUGAGUGGACAAAGAUGAAAAACAUCUGCUUUUAUUAUUAUUAUUUUUUUUACUUCUGUUAUCAGAUGUGUUAUAAUAAAUAAAUAACCAAUAAAUAAAUAUACCUUAUACAUCUUUUGUCUGCUGGACAUUUUA